AUGGCGUGGCGAAUUGCUGCCUUGCCGGGCUCCGGGGCUUAUUGCCGAUCCCGGCUUGAAGUCGGGUGCUCUGAACCUCCUUCGCAGGCAGACAAUAAUAUCGUGUACUUUACGAUGAGGGACAAGAGAAGUGUAUCCGAAGUGAUCGACGACAAUGAGCACACCCUGGUGUUUUUCGUCAACGGAUUCAAAAUCGUUGACGCCGACUUUGACCCAUCUUGGACUCUAAUCGAGUACCUCAGACAGAAACUUCAUUUAUCCGGGACGAAGUAUGGUUGCGGGGAAGGAGGUUGCGGUGCUUGUACCGUCAUGGUGUCCAAAUAUUCCUUGGACUCCAAAAAAGUCUCACACCUGAGUGUGAAUGCGUGUCUAACCCCGCUGCCCUGGGUUCACGGGCACGCCAUCACAACGGUCGAAGGCAUAGGUUCCACCAAGACCAAGAUGCACGCGGUUCAGGAGAGAUUGGCCAAAAGCCACGGGUCUCAAUGCGGUUUUUGCACGCCGGGUUUCGUCAUGUCCAUGUACACGCUGCUGAGGAACAAGCCUUUGCCAACAAUGGACGACAUUGAGGAAUAUUUCCAGGGGAACUUGUGUCGUUGCACGGGUUAUAGAGCGAUUCUCGAAGGAUACCAGACAUUCACGAAUGAUGACGUCAAGAAUGGGAUUAAUGGCGGUGGUUGUGGAGGAUGCUCAAAUGGCGGCGGUUGUUGCAAAAAUAAAGGAACCGCUAAUGGCAGCGUUGCCAACGGGGAGAAGGUCGAAAAUGGUUUCGCUUCCGAAAGUAAUGGAACAAACAUGUUGGUCGACGUUUCGAAAUUUGUUCCUUAUGAUCCAACUCAGGAGCCAAUUUUUCCGCCGGAAUUAGAGAUGAAUGCUGAUGCAUUGCAAGGACGAAGUGUUUCUUUCCACGGCAAAACACUUUCUUGGUACAGGCCCGUGACUCUAGCGGAAAUUUUGGAACUGAAAGAAAAAUUUCCGGAAGCGAAGAUCAUCGGAGGGAACACUGAAGUUGGCAAGUAUAAUUUCUCCUGGCGCCCUUUUCAACAAAGGCUGGAAGUGAGACAAAAAGGGAAUGAAUAUCCGGUGCUGAUCAGUUCAGAAGCGAUCAAAGAACUUCAUGUGCUCCAAGUUGUGGUUCUUGAUGAUGGCUCAAGAGCUGUUCGCAUUGGAGCUGCUGCCACUUUGUCGAAACUCGAGGAUUAUCUCAGAACAAUUGUCGCACAAAACAAAGAGUACGAGACGUCUACUUUCAAAACAAUCCUCGAAAUGCUGGAGUGGUUCGCUGGGAAACAAAUUCGCAAUGUUGCGGCCUUGGGAGGAAAUAUCGUCACUUCAAGUCCCAUUUCGGAUUUAAAUCCGAUCCUGAUGGCUGGGCAAGCGAAAGUCUUCCUUUCAUCGCUUCAGCAAGGGAAUCGACUGGAUUCGUGCCUCGAAUUGAGCGAGGGAUUUUUCCUGGGCUACCGGAAAAACGCUCUGAAGCCGACUGAUGUUUUAAUUCACAUUGACAUUCCAAUGACAAAGAAAGAUGAUUUCAUCACUGGUUACAAACAAGCUAGACGUCGUGACGACGAUAUAGCCAUUGUCAACGCAGGACUACGAGUGACUUUCGAGAAUUCCGAAUCCGAAUCAGAAGCAGUUGUCAAAGAAGCAUGUUUCGCUUUUGGAGGAAUGGCUGAGAGAAGUGUGAGGGCUUACAAAACCGAGUCUGCGAUCAUUGGAAGAAAAUGGACAGAAGCUACGCUUGAACUGGCUUGUGACAAACUUGCCGAAGAUCUUCCGGUUGCCUUCGGCGCUCCUGGGGGCAAGGAAAAAUAUCGACGAACUUUGGCUCUGAGUUUUUUAUACAAAUUUUGGACAGCGGUCAGAGACCAACUCCUGCAUCGUAGUCCGGAAGACGUUUCGCGAAAAAUAACUCUUCAGCGGGAAUUGGAUCUAAGUGCGAUUGAACCGUAUCGCCGUGGGAAAUUUAGUGCCUCUCAAGUUUGGCAAAUGGUGCCAGAUGGUCAGCCAGCCAGAGAUCCAGUCGGUCGUCCUCUCGUGGUCCAAUCCGCAUUUCAGCAAUGCACCGGAGAAGCCAAAUUUCUCGACGACAUGCCGAAAUUCUCCGAACAACUGUACAUGUAUCCAGUGUUGAGCACCAGGGCUAAGGCGAAAAUAGUGUCGAUUGAUACGUCGGAAGCCAUGAAGCUCGACGGUGUCGUGGGGAUCGUCACUGAAGAAGACGUGCCUUCGAAGAAAAACGUCUGGGGCAUUUUCGACGACGAUCAAAUCUUCUUCACUCAUGAGCAAUGCACCGGAGAAGCCAAAUUUCUCGACGACAUGCCGAAAUUCUCCGAACAACUGUACAUGUAUCCAGUGUUGAGCACCAGGGCUAAGGCGAAAAUAGUGUCGAUUGACACGUCGGAAGCCAUGAAACUCGACGGUGUCGUGGGGAUCGUCACUGAAGAAGACGUGCCUUCGAAGAAAAACGUCUGGGGCAUUUUCGACGACGAUCAAAUCUUUUUCACUCACGAGGUUUCAGCUCAGGGUCAAGUAAUUGCAGCAAUGGUGGCAACUGAUCGGGAAACUGCUAGAAUCGCAGCCCGAAAAGUUCGAGUUUCCUACGAGGACAUCGGAGAGGCCAUCGUUUCCAUGGAGGAAGCCGUUGAGCACAAUAGCUUCUUUACUGACGAAGAAGUGUCGAACGGUGACGUGGAAUCAGUGUUUGCAACGGCGAGUCACGUGGUGGAAGGACGAGUUCGAGUCGGUGGCCAGGAACAUUUUUACCUCGAAUGUCAAGGAGCUUUUGUUAUUCCGAAAAACGAACACGGCGAGAUGGAAAUAUUUGCCACGAAUCAGGAUCCGUCUGCUCUUCAAGGAUACGUUGCUAAAGCAACUGGUGUUUCAUCGAGCCGAAUUUUAAUCCGGGUCAAACGACUGGGCGGAGGUUUCGGCGGGAAAGAGACAAGAAACAACAGUUUGACAAUUCCUGCGGCAGUGGCUGCGGCAAAGAUGUCGGGACAACGUCACGGAUUCCUUGGGGUUUACAAACUCGCAGCUGACAGCAAUGGAAAAUUGCUGGGACUGGAUUUGAACUUGUUUUCGAAUGCUGGCUACAGUCAAGAUUUAUCUCCCUUUGUAAUGGAGAAAUCGAUGUUGGAUUGCACCAAUGCCUAUGAAAUCCCUGUCGUUCGAGUUCGUGGCAGAGUUUGCAGAACGAACUUGCCUUCAAAUACGGCCUUUCGAGGCUUUGGUGCCAUGCAAAGCAUGAUGAUCUGUGAGCAGUUCAUGUCUCACAUGGCCGAUGAACUCGGCAUUCAUCAAACCACGUUCAGAGAAAUGAAUUUGAAAGCCGAGGGUUGCAAGCUGUUUUACGGUCAAGUUCUGACCAAUGUGACGUUGGAGCGAUGUUGGAAGGAAGUGCUUGAAAACAGCCAAUUCAACGAACGAUUUUCCGCCUGCGAAAAAUUCAACAGGGAAAACAAGUGGCGCAAACGAGCCAUUUCCAUUAUCCCAGAAACCUACGGUAUUUCGUUCACGGCGUCGUUCAUGAACCAAGGUGGUGCAUUGGUGCAUAUUUACAAGGAUGGUUCUGUUCUUGUCACACAUGGCGGAGUCGAAAUGGGACAAGGACUGCAUACCAAAAUGAUUCAGGUGGCAAGCAGAGCCUUGAAAAUCCCGCCAAAGUACAUUCACACCUCAGAAGUGGGUACUGAUAAAGUACCAAACACAACGUCAACAGCUGCGUCGUUCAGUACUGACCUCAACGGACCGGCUGUCCAGCAAGCCUGUGAGACGAUUUUGAACCGCAUGGAGCCUUAUAUACGCGAGAACCCGAAAGGAAAUUGGGAGGGUUGGGUCAAAGCAGCUUAUAUGGAUUGUGUCAGCUUAUCGUCAACAGGAUAUUACUGCUCACCAAAAGUCCUGGGACUCUUCGAGCUUAAAGACCCCGAGAAGAAAGGCCCGAGCAACGUGUAUCACUCUUUCGGAGCGGCGGUGUCCGAAGUUGAAGUGGAUUGUUUGACCGGCGAUCACAAGGUGCUGAGAACAGACAUAGUGUUUGACGUUGGCGACAGCAUCAAUCCCGCCGUGGACGUGGGUCAAAUCGAAGGCGGUUUCAUUCAGGGCUAUGGUUAUUGGAUGCUGGAGGACCUGGAAUUCGGACCCGAGGGACAAAUCAGGACCCUGGGGCCGUCUACAUACAAGAUCCCGUCGUCUCGGGACAUUCCGGAAGUGUUCAACGUGGCUUUGCUGAAAGGGGCACCGAAUCCUCACGCCAUUUAUUCUUCCAAGGCCGUCGGAGAACCGCCUUUGUUUUUGUCAGCCUCGAUUUUCUUCGCUGUGCGAGAAGCGAUUGCAGAAUACCGGAAGCAAAAUGGCAUUACUGCCCACUUCCAACUCGAUUCGCCGGCAACUUCCGAGCGGAUCAGAAUGCUUUGCCAAGACACAUUCACGGAAAAAGUAGAAAAAACGCAGCCAACAGCGGAUCCGAAAGCAAAACCAUGGAUCGUUCCUGUGUAAGCUGCAUUCUUCAUAUAUCCAAUAGGUGCGACACCUGCUCAGAGAACUCGGAAAGAAAUCCAUUCUUCGACUAUUUCAUCGAAACUUGUAAAAAUGAAACCCUCGCAUUUUGAAAUCCUGAUGCAGGACAAGCGCUUCCUUAUACUGUAUUUUGUUCUGUACUCUUAUUUUGAAUCAGCACGUGGAUUGAUAACGAAUUCUGAUGUUUACUUAUAAUUUUAAAUUCUGACGACUUAUGUAUGAAUCCGUGCUUUCUUGAAUGGUAAUGCCUUACGGGUGUCGGGAUUCGAAAAAGAAAUACUAACCUUUACGAGAUGGACUUUCGAUAUCAUUCUCACGCGGGAACGAAAAAGAGGCGGUGGUCUUUUUGAGAGGCAAUAAAGACGGAAGAAAAUGUUCGCAUUUCGAAAA